CAUCAGUUUCAUUUGAACCGUUCUAACGGCGCGUUGUGCUAGAGAAACAAUCCUCAAAGCAGAACAGCCCCAAACAUUUCAAACAAAAUACAAAACUCUCUGGAACUCAAGUUCUCCAAUUCGACAAAAUCGCAACAAAACAAAAACAUCCCAUACCAAAACAAAAAUAUACUGAACAAACUUUCAAUUCAAAAUACACAUAUUAAAUAACUAUUUUUUUUAAUGUGCUUCUAAGUGUUGUGCUAAAACUAUAUUAACAUUUACAAAUAUUUAAAAAAAAUAUAUAUAUUUAAGGAUAUUUAAAAGUAUUCAAUUUACAUUUUUUAAAUAUCCAACUAAUGCUUAAGAAAACAAACUGAAAAGUAACUAAAAAUUACACAAAAAACAAACUACAAACCAAAAAAUAAACAGGCACUUUUAGGACCAAACAUUACAGCAGUUUUGUGUUUUUUGAAUCCUAACUGUUCACGUGUAAACGCACAAAAAUGUGCACAAAAUUCUCAUUAGACUCGAACGACUGAAAAGUGCGUUCCAUUGAAAAAAAUAACACUGAAGCGUAACGCGCAAAACUUUUGAUUAAUUAAAAGUAAAACAAAAAGCCGAGAGCCAACCAAGAACUGGCUUCUGGCGUUAACCAACAAUCACAACGAGAGUCCUGAAACUCACCAACAAUUAAAACAAAAACUUCUCCUCCAGGAAGCUAGAGCAACAACAACAAAAAAAAAAAAAAGCAAAACAAAAAGAAACAAAAAUCAUCUUUGACAGAACAUCAACAUCGAAAUGGAAUUGGCCUUUAGAAUUGUCAAUCCGCAGUUAGCCACCUACAAAAACAACUAUAUCAGCAACAUUCACACCAGCAAUAGCAAACUAAUCGCGAGCAGUAGCAGCAAUUGCCACAUCAGCAACAAUAACGACGAGAACAACAAUCCAAACACCAACAGCGACAACAAUUUAACAACGAUCAAAACAGCAGCUAGAGCAGCAGCUGCAACAACCACAGGCAACAACCAAUUCUCAGCAGCAGCAACUUGCAACAAUUUUGCAGCAACAUCCAAGCGAAAUGCAGCAGCAACAACCGUCCAUCGACCAGCUGCACGAGCCCACAGCUUCGAACAGCAAUUCGGCAACAACUAAGUCGGCAGCGACAACAACGACAACGACAACGUCAACAACCAACAAUUUCCACCAGCAACUGCAAGCAACAACGGCAGCAACCAUGCAACGUCUACGAACAACCUUCACGCGAUCGCGCACUCCGACCGGUGCCGAAAUGAAGAUGCAAAACAGCCUGGAGGUGCCCAAGCAGGUAAAAAAGGUGCGCUCGGCCUCCUUCGACGAAAUGCAACUGGAGUCGCAGCGUGCCUCCUCCAGCCUGCUCAAGCAGCAGUCCUCGUCCUCAGCCUCGGCGGAUGAACGCUCCUCGGAGGCCGGCUUCCUGCAGGUCCCGUUGGCGGCCCAUCAACAACGAUCCCAUAGCUUCGAUUCGGCAACAGCCUCGGGCGGCAGCGAUGACUCCGGCACCUUUCUGGAGGUGCCCCGCCGACUGAGGACAGCUCGCCGCAGCUCGUCCACCAAGACACCGCCGCCGUGCAUCCAUUGUCUCUAUUUGGAGGAGUACGAGCGUCUGAUGACAGACGAGCAGCGCUACUUUAUCGAUCAUCGCGAGCUGUCGGCGCUCAGCUAUAGCAACACCAGUUCGGAGGCCAGUGAGGAUGAGGAGGCAGGGGAUGGUCAUCACCAUGGCGAUGGUGAGGAGGAGGGCAGCACGGCCAUUGAGGAUGCCGAGGAGGAGACCACUGAGGCGGCCACCGAGGAGGCGGAUGAGGACCCCAGGACCGAAGUGGAGUCCGAGCACGAUCACGAUCCGGAUGACGAUGCCGCCCUGGAAAUGGACAUUCGCAUUGGCAACAUGAGCCAGGGCAGCAGCAUCGAGGAGUCGCGGGCCCGUCUCCCGCGGCAAAUGCGACGCCACACCAUCGGCAGCAGCUCGGUGACCUCGGCCUCCGAGGACGAGGGUCUCGAGGGAUCGGACAAUGGAUCACCGCACUUUGGCAACACCCUGUUGCCACCACAACCGGCCACCCCAUGCGGCAUUACAUUUACGCUCAGUCCAACCAACGGCGACUAUCCAUCGCCGCCGCAUCUACCCCUGGAUCCCGGUUCGCCGCCCAUGUCGCCCUGCUCUUCCGUCUCCGUCUCCGUCUCCGCCUCGGGAAGAUUGCCCGUCCUGGGCCCGACCAUUGCCACGCCCUGCUCCGCGGCCGAUGCCGAGGAUGCCGGUGCCGCCAUGGGCGGUCUUCCGGUGCGGGCCAGACGUCGCUCGAUUUCGCGACAGGAGGCGAUCUUUGUGGAGCCCACCGGCAACUCGCUGGAGAAUGUCUCGCACGAGGAGGUGGACAACAGCAACACCAAUACCAACACCAACACCAAGUCGUCGGUGGACACGGCCGACUCGCUCGACGAGGCCUCGACCAUGGCCACAUGUGGCUCACCCGGCGCCGUCGGCGGAGCAGGUGCCUCGUCCAGUGGUAGUCAUCACAACGCCUUCGUUGUGCGGGACAUCUACUUGAUGGUGCCCGAUCUGAAGCGGGAUCGCGCCGCCUCCGUGGAUUCGUGCUUCACGAAACUCUCGUCGAACGCCAAAUCGGAGGAGCUGCAGCCGAGUGCCGACGGAUGUUUCCUUACCGUGCCGAACAUCAACGCAACCAGAUCGCGGUCCGUGGACAUCGUGCUGCCCACCGACGAGCAGGCCAGGUACAAGGCCUUAUCCAUGACCGGAUCCACCGUCACCUACGCAGAUGGGCGUACUGCUUCGGCGAGCAAUUCCCGGAGACCGAUACGGAUUGUGCCCGACUGGACGGAGAAUGCGGUGCAGGGCGAGCACUACUGGAAGCCCACCUCGGCCUCCGGCGAUCUUUGCUGCCUGAAUGAGGACUGCAUUAAAAGCGGCCAGCGGAUGAAGUGCUCGGCCUGCCAGCUGGUUGCCCACCACAACUGCAUUCCGAUCGUGAACGACAAGAGCGCGCUGGCGUGUAAGCCAACCUACCGGGAUGUGGGCAUCCGGCAGUACCGGGAGCAGACCACCACGCACCACCACUGGGUGCACCGCAAGCUGGAGAAGGGCAAGUGCAAGCAAUGCGGCAAGUUCUUUCCUAUGAAGCAGGCGGUGCAAAGCAAGCUAUUUGGGUCGAAGGAGAUUGUGGCGUUGGCCUGUGCGUGGUGCCACGAGAUCUACCACAACAAGGAGGCCUGCUUCAACCAGGCCAAAAUUGGCGAGGAGUGUCGUCUGGGCAACUAUGCGCCCAUCAUUGUGCCGCCUUCGUGGAUUGUGAAGCUGCCGACCAAGGGCAACUUCAAGUCCUCGAUACGCGUGAGCAACAAGAACAAUGCGGCUUCUGGUUCAGGGGGCGGUGGCGCAGGCGCUGGCGGGGCCGGCGGAGGCGGGGCUGGAGGCGGUGGGGGCGGGGGCAAGAGCAAGAAGCAGACGCAGCGGCGGCAGAAGGGCAAGGAGGAGAAGAAGGAGCCGCGGGCGUUCAUUGUUAAGCCCAUUCCGUCGCCGGAGGUAAUCCCGGUCAUUGUGUUUAUAAACCCAAAGUCGGGCGGCAAUCAGGGCCACAAGCUGCUGGGCAAGUUCCAGCACCUGCUCAAUCCGCGCCAGGUGUUUGAUUUGACGCAGGGCGGCCCCAAAAUGGGCUUGGACAUGUUUCGCAAGGCGCCCAACCUGAGGGUCCUGGCCUGCGGAGGCGACGGCACCGUCGGCUGGGUCCUGUCCGUCCUGGAUCAAAUCCAGCCGCCACUCCUGCCGGCUCCGGCAGUUGGUGUCCUGCCCUUGGGCACCGGCAAUGAUCUCGCUCGCGCUCUCGGCUGGGGAGGGUCUAUCUUCUUUCAGGGCUACACGGACGAGCCGAUUGGAAAGGUUCUGCGCGAGAUCGGGAUGUCGCAGUGCGUGCUGAUGGACCGCUGGCGGGUCAAGGUCACGCCCAACGAUGACGUCACCGAUGACCACGUGGACCGCAGCAAGGCGAACGUCCCGCUGAACGUAAUCAACAACUACUUCUCCUUCGGCGUGGACGCCCACAUCGCCCUGGAAUUCCACGAGGCCCGCGAGGCGCAUCCGGAGCGCUUCAAUUCGCGCCUGCGCAACAAGAUGUACUACGGCCAGAUGGGCGGCAAGGACCUCAUCCUGCGCCAGUACCGCAACCUCUCCCAGUGGGUGACGCUCGAGUGCGACGGCCAGGACUUCACCGGCCGGCUAAGGGACGCCGGCUGCCACGCCGUCCUCUUCCUAAACAUUCCCAGUUAUGGCGGUGGCACCCAUCCGUGGAACGACUCUUUCGGCGCCUCAAAGCCCUCGAUCGACGACGGCCUAAUGGAGGUGGUGGGCCUGACUACCUACCAGCUGCCCAUGCUGCAGGCGGGGAUGCACGGCACCUGCAUCUGCCAGUGCCGGAAGGCGCGGAUCAUCACCAAGCGGACCAUUCCCAUGCAGGUGGACGGCGAGGCGUGCCGGGUGAAGCCCUCGGUGAUCGAGAUCGAGCUGCUCAACAAGGCGCUGAUGCUGUCCAAGCGGAAGCACGGACGCGGCGAUGUCCAGGUAAAUCCGCUGGAGAAGAUGCAGCUGCACAUUUUGCGGGUUACCAUGCAACAGUACGAGCAGUACCACUAUGAGAAGGAGAUGCUCCGCAAGUUGGCCAACAAACUGGGCCAAAUCGAUAUCGAAUCGCAGUGCGAUCUGGAGCAUGUGCGCAACAUGCUAAACACCAAAUUCGAGGAAUCCAUCUCCUAUCCGAAGGUCUCCCAGGAUUGGUGCUUCAUCGAUGCCUGCACCGCGGAGCACUACUUCCGCAUCGACCGUGCCCAGGAGCACCUGCACUACAUCUGCGACAUCGCCAUCGACGAGCUGUACAUCCUGGACCACGAGGCGGCCACGAUGCCGCAGACGCCCGACCAGGAGCGCUCCUUCGCGGCCUUCUCGCAGCGGCAGGCCCAAAACGAGCGGCGCCAGAUGGAUCAGGCCCAGGGCCGCGGCCCGGGCAGCACCGAUGAGGAUUUGCAAAUUGGCUCCAAGCCCAUUAAAGUGAUGAAGUGGAAGAGCAACAAAGAUCGUUUAUUCAGUUUCAACGAAGAUGUUUUUGGUUGUGGAUUCAGCCCUAUACUGGAGCAAACUUCCGAUGCCAUACUACUAGCAGCCCAGAGCGGCGAUCUCAAUAUGUUACGUGCACUACAUGAACAAGGAUACUCACUACAGUCAGUGAACAAGAACGGACAGACGGCGUUGCACUUCGCCUGCAAAUACAACCACAGGGACAUUGUCAAAUACAUCAUCGCGAGCGCCACACGACGCGUCAUCAACAUGGCCGACAAGGAGCUUGGACAGACGGCGCUCCACAUUGCCGCCGAGCAGAAUCGUCGCGACAUCUGCGUAAUGCUGGUGGCCGCCGGCGCCCAUCUGGACACCCUCGACUCCGGCGGCAACACGCCCAUGAUGGUGGCCUUCAACAAAAACGCCAACGAGAUAGCCACGUAUUUGGAAAGUAAGCUGGCGACCCAGACCCUCGACGGCUGGUUCGACGACUAGACCACGAAUCCGACCGAUUUCGCCGCAGGUUCCCGCCAUGUAGAGCUAUCGCUAGACAAGCUUUCGCCGUGGGGCUAACUCACGACGAUACACCAGACUAAACGAAACGAUCACAUGAACCAGAAAAUCAGUUAAUCAAUUCACAUAAGCCAGAACAUCAGUAAAUCACUUAUCCAAAGUAUCCAAAUCAAGAACAAGUAAAUUUAACAUUGCAAAUUUCUCCUUUCUAUGCCAACAACAACAAUAACAACAAAAACCAACAACCAUAUGGAAAUUGUCUUGUAAAUAACUUAAACUAUCUAAUCAAAUCAAACGAAAUCAAAUCAAAUCAACAUUCCACGAAAAACACAUCGGUUCCGCUUAGGUCAAGAGCGUUUUAUGCAUCUGGAGGUGCAGACCCGAAUCUAAGUGGAACAUUCAGCGGAAGCAUUCACCCUACGACAUAAUUAAUAAUGAUAAUGGCUUUUUUUUCGUAACUUUUUUUGUCUUAGCAUGUAAGAGAAGAAUCUAAUUUAAUCUAAGCAAAGAAAAUACAUAAACACAUACACAAAAAAAGGAAAAAAACAGAACACUCAACACUUUUAGUGCGUAAGAGAACGAUGGUAUGAAUUAAUUAAUUUAUUGUAAAGAAAAGCUAGCAAAACGAAAGGCAACAAUUGUCCUAAAUUUCAAUUUUUAAUUACCUUACAAAAGAACGAACAAAAAAACGUAUAUUAAAAAGGCAGCAAAUGCAAAUGGAAAUACGAAAUUUAUUUGUUUCACUUACCGAUUGAUUAACGAUUAAUGAUUAUAUUGUGAUAUCUAAAUUAAUUAAUAUAUUGGACUAGAGAGCUUGAAUGAGGGCAAAUUGAAAUUGAUAUUAGCAAAGGUCAUUUUGCUGUAUUACUAAAUAACACGAAAAAGAUUAAAAAGAAAAGAAAAUCCAAAAAACACACACACACACAGAGACAUACUAAUCAAAUAUUUAGCAUAUAUAUUAUAUAUAUUUAAUUAUACCAUAUGUACUUCUUUUGCAAUUCAAUCUAGGUUAAGUGAGAACUUGAAUACUCUUGUCUAAAACAAAAAAAAAAAUAGGAAGAAAACGGCAAAAGCAGCAGCACGAUUAGAAGAGAGACGCACUAUACCCUAAGCGGCUAUAGCUCUCUCGCUCAGACACAGACAUACACACACACACACACACACACACACACACACACACACUUACACUUACACACAGUCCCGAUGCACAGACUAGGAUGCACAACCCCCAUAGGUAUACCACCCACUUCAACAUCACCCUUAAAAAACCCUCAGCGUUUCAAACCGAAAGACUUGGGCCGAUCAUCUAUGGCGUCCCCCCAAACAAGGUCCCCUGCCCCAAAACAAAAACAACAAAGACUAGUCGUUAGGGCGCGGCAGGGACCCACAAAGACUAUCUUAACUACUCUAUAUACUAUAUUCCGUACUCCUUAACUUUAAAAGCCCGUAACACAAUGAACACGUGCCUCAGUGGCGUAAUACGAAACACUCUUAGUAUUAGACUCAUGCAUAUUUUAUCGAAAUACCAAUUAACUAUGGAACACUACAAUAUUAUAUAGCCGUUAAUCAAACCAUAUUUGUAUGCUAUGUACAGUAGAGUGCUAUAUUUGUUUUUUGUUUUGUUUGUUUUAUUUGCUUAGAUUCCAAAUUCCGAAUUAUAUAUAAAUGUAAUUACAUUGUCGAGUCAAUUACGUUUACCACGGUUCCCAUUAACCAUUUUUCGGCUUGGCUAACAUUUACGAUUAUAGCGAUAAUAACGAUUAGCGAUAAGUCUCACUAUCGAUUAAUUAGGCACCAGAGAGAGAGAGAGAGAAAGAGAGUGAGAGAGAGAGCGAUUGAUUAGGUAUCGAUCACCUUUACGAGGCUCGGUCGAAUGCAGCCCUGUCCCCCCGUCCAAUCGCUGCGGAUUGAUUCGUGGAAAACCAUGGCUCUGGCUUUCGGAAAACCGUAGUGAUUACGGACCCAUGGGGGCCAUCGCCAGCAUUCCACCCAUCCCGCCCCGUGAGCCACUUCCGGUUUCGGAGGUGCGCUUCCGGCGUGGGUAAUCAUGUUUUGGAUUGCACAUUUCAAAAAAUAAAGAAAAAAACAAAACACAGAAGUUAAUUACACACAUCGUAGACUGUCGCAGAUGGUGUUGAAGUGUCGCGUCGAACGAUUUGGAUUCCGGCAUUGCGGGAUCCCGGGCAUGCAGCCUUUACGCCCCAUAAGACGUGCCACCCAUUGGGCAACCGGAAUCCAAAAUCGUAACACCAAUCUACACCGCCUGCGGCAACUAAUGAAUUCUUUAGCUGCGGUCAAAAUAACACUGGUGCUCUAUGUCAUUGGAAUUGAAUUGAAAUUGGUAAACGAAAAACCAGAAACUGAAAUAUUUGUUUCGUAGUUCCCAAUAUUUUAUUUUGCCCAUUUUGUUUUAUCAAUCAAAAUUGUUUAACAAAAAAGUAUCUUUUCGAUUUAUAAAUAAAUUAAUUUGUUGCUUUCUUAUAUCGUUAAAAGUUAUCUGCUAUCUCAGAGGUAUUAAAAGAUUUGUUAUAUUUAUUUUCAAUUCAUUAAAAAUAAUACUUUUUUGACACUAUUGUAGUAGUUCUUAACAACUAUUAAAAGAUUUAAUGUAAUCAUUCUUUGUUCGCACGUUUUCAUUAAAUUAUUAUAAAUUAUUUGUUUUAAAUUCAUCUUGAAAAAUAUAUUACAUAUUUUUGUGUUUUUAAUCAAUUUUCUUUUUAAAUUUCCUAAAAUAUUUUUGAGCACCACCAUAAAUGCGGCCGCAACUGAAAAUCCAUAUGCAGUAGAGCAGAGUUGAGUAAGGAAUAUUUAGCAAAAGACAAUCUAGAGAUUUUGUAGCAAAUGAGCCGAGCAGAUGGCCGAAGAGCGUUUGCUAUCCCCCCUAAACCAUUCACUAUGAACUAUGAAUACAAACAGAAAAAUAAUAAACUACACAUUUCAAACAGUAGUCGAUAAUCGAUAGGAAAUUCAAAGAGAAACAGUAACUCUGAAACGAUUUGGUUAGUUUUCGCAACUUGCUUUUUACACAAAGCUUCAAGAUGAAAUUGUAGUCGAAGGAUUUACGCGGGAAGGCGGAAUAGGUUAGUGUCACCGAUGAGAGCGCUAUCUAUCAAUCUAGACGAGCUAAAUGCUAAAUGAUACAUGAUGAGUACCGAUUAAGAUGAGGGCUAGAAUGCUAGAAUGCUAAAAUGCUAGAAUGCAAGAAAAUGGCUAGCCAAGUGCACUCCGAUGCACUGUCACAGCUGUUCGGAGAACAACCGGGUCCAAGCCAACACUAUGGAUAUAUUUUCGUGCAUUUUGUAGAAGUUGAUAACCCACAAGACACUGACACAAGGACACACCUCACUGGACACCACACACAGAUACAGGACACAGAGGACACGCUUAAGUGGAGGCACUUACUGCAUGAUGUGUAUAUAGGGACAACAUAUAGAUGCUAUAUAUAUAUAUAUACAGACAGACAUAUAUAUAGUAUAUAUUUUUUUCGAAUCGUUUAAGUGAAACUUUUGAACAAAAUAUGGAAAAAUGAAACGCAAGUCUUAUGAAAUUCUAGCAAGUAAGGCAACCAAAAAUUGUAAAGGUCAAGAUACAGAUACAGAUGCAGAUACGGAUGGAGGAACGAUAUACCUAAAACAAUGCCUAACUGUACGAUAGUAAGCAUACAAUAUGAUGAUAUAUAUUAAUAUAUUGAUAACGUAAUAAAGCGGAAUAUAUGUGUACAAGUAAUCGAUUUAUUUACACCUACAAAUCCCUGUAAAUACACAAACUUUCCACUCCAAAUCACUCCGCGACACUGAGGUUUAUUUUCGAUCCUCGCUCGCCCCGAAACUUUGGCCAGACAACGACUUCGGAUUCUCCCUUCCACCUGGAUUUACAUUAUAUAUUUAGUUAUUAACUUACGCAAGUCUGAAAGUAUUUCUAUCGAAGAGUUCUAAACUGCUUAACUGUAAAGUGUACAUAUACCGAAUUACAACCACUCACAAGUCCUUCAAACUAUAUAGAAACGUAAGAAACUUCCCAUACUGAAGAUAAUGCCCUCUUAUUGUGUAUGUAUAUGCCUAUAUAAUAUAUUUACUUUUUUUGGAUUAGUCACUAAGCAUAGACAACAUGAAUUACUAAGUACGAUAUGCACUGCAAGCACUGAGGAAUUUGAUUCAAUUUUACUUAAGACAAACGAAAAGAGAAAUUGAAAUAGCAUUUAGCAAACCUUAAGGAAAACCAAAAGAAAAAUCUCCAAAUUAUGGAAUAACGAUUACAAAUUUUAAAAUUAAUUUUUCGAGCUACAUCGGUCGACAAAAAAUGACUAAAAACUGGAUUCGCUUAAGGCAAUUGUGUGGGAAAGUCGAGAACGUUUAGAAUCUGGAAUGAAUUUGCAGCAUUCGUAUUAUACUUAUAUACUUAGACACCUAAUACCCUAAACACACACACACACAUACGAAUAUUUAAUAGAUGUACAAUAGUUAUAUAAACUCAUUCUCAUCGAUACCCUAAAACCAUAGUCUAUCCUGUUAUACUCUCAACCAAAAUUGUACUUUUCGGACCCGCAAACAACAGAAUUAGUUAUUUUUAAUCCCCACUGCAACUUUCACAAAUUGUAAAAUAACAUACACUUUAAGCUAGCGAAUCCCAAAUAUUGGACAACCGAUCGAAAUCAUCCACAAAAUUGCUUAUAAUAUGAAUUUUCUGACUCUCUCCUAAGAGAAAAUAAAUUUUUUUUGGUAUUUCAAACUCAA